CGCAACUCGCCGAUGGUCUGGAAAAGGAGAGGAAGCGAAAAGGAACAAAGGCCCAAGACAAAGGCCCCCGCUUCAUCAGUUUUCUCAGGCCUGGCGAGAAGGCAGGCAAGGAGGACAGAUGUGCAGGGAUCCUUGGUACGGCAAAGGACUGGGAAAUGAGAGUUGACCUGGGAAGGAAACUCAAAUUCCCAGAGGAGAUCGCCGUCACCAGCCUCCGACCGGAUAUCGUGCUCUGGUCCCAGAUAACAAAGCAAGUGGCCCUAAUUGAGUUAACGGUACCCUGGGAGGAAAGGAUCGAGGAGGCACACGAGCGUAAGCUGGGGAAAUACCAGGAUCUCAGUUCCGAGAGCCAGCAGAGGGGGUGGAGAGCCUGGAAUCUACCAGUCGAGGUUGGCUGCAGGGGCUUCCCUGGACAGUCACUUUGUAGAACACUGGGGAUGCUCGGCCUCACAGGGGCAACCCGUAAGAACCUGGUGAACAACAUCUCAAAGCAGGCAGAGUCAGCAUCCAGAUGGCUGUGGCUAAAGAGGAAUGAUCAGUGGCUGAACCAGGCUGGCAGAGAGGGGUGUCAGAGCUGAGUGGGGAAGACCUGUGUGGCUGAGGGGACAGCUCCAGGACGCUGGUGCUGUCGUCAAGCCCCACCGUGGUGUCGUGGGCUAGUUGACGAAACACCAGGAAAACAUGGGGUGCCCAUUUGAAAACCCGGUGAAGCCUCGAGGUCUGAAGCAUACAGCUCUGACACCAGUUGUGUUAUGUUAGGAGGGAGCGACUUCUAUGCUAGCCACCACACAUAAGGAACAGGAGGUAACUCCUGCUAAGGGUGGUGGCUGCGAUACCUAUCGUUUUAAAGACGACGACAGUUGUUUGUUUAUCAUUCUCACUUUAACAAGUAAAAAUAAACAAGUGAGAUGGAAAAUUUUUCAUUUUUAAUUUAGUUGCAUAAUAAUUCUGCACACUAAUAGCUGCCCCCAAUAAUUGUGCACACAUAGAUAUUCUCCUAAGGAAGCCAAAAUCUCACUUUUACUCCCUUAACCCUCUGGUUCAUAGUGGUCACUACAGUGGACAGCUACCAAAAACUCUUUUUCUCUUAAAUGCAAUGGUUUCUAUGGUGGAAGUGUAUAUCAGCCUCUAGGGUGCUCUCUACUGCCCUACUCCAUUGAGUUACAUUUAGUGAGCAAUCAUUGUAACUGCAAGUAAAUUUCCUACAAAUCCAAGAUGGCCGAGAAACAGCCACCCCUGCUGACUACAGCUGGCAUGUCAUGUCAAUACUUCUAUAGUAGAAGAACCCCAGCUGUAAAAAAAAUAUGAUGAUAUACUGUAACAUCUAAGGAAGGAUAUUAUCCAUUUGGAAUUGAAAAUUUCAUGUCCAAUAUGUAGAAAAUUACAAUUAACCAUGUGUCCAACUGAGUGGACAUCAUGCAUCACCCAGUAUUUUUUUUAACAGGAGUCAUGUAAUUGCUCCACUAUUACUUGUGGCUGUUUUGGUUAUAAAUAAGUGUAUACAGUGUAAACAGUGACCAAGAGUGGCUGCCAGAGAAGAAUAGACAUGUAGGGGCUGAGGAUGAUGGAGAUACAGACAGUCAGGGUGCAGAAAGGGUAGAUGCCUAUAGUCAAGUGGAUGAGGACCAGGAUGAUGAGAGGCAGGAUGCAGGGGAAGGUCAGCAUGAUCAGGGAGCUGUGGAAAAUAGGCACAUGACACCUGACCAUUCUCAAGCUCGCAAAAAUAUCUGGAAAGUCCAAGACAAUCACUUUGAUAGAGAUUUGCCUCCUUUUCUAGGAGAGUGGAAAUUCAAUGUGGAGGGAAGAGAGCCUAUAGACUUCUCCAGACAUCUGUUUCCAGCAGAUCUCAUUGAUGAUACAGUGAAAAACACCAACUUGUAUACUCCCCAGAAAGGGAAAGAAAAUGUGGCAGUGACAGGAGAAGAAAUGCAGACUUUUUUAGGGAUCAACAUGAUCAUGGGGUACAUUCGUUAUCCCAGGGCACACAUGUACUGGUCUAGUGAGGAUGGCCUUCGUCUAGGGAUGAUUGCAAAUGCCAUGUCUGUAAACAGAUAUGAGCAAAUCCUGUGCUCAUAUAAAGCCUGUGUGCCACUGUGCACUGGAUGCUUUGCCAACUUUCAUACAUCCUAGGUGUGAUGAGCAGAGACAUGUUUGGAGAUGCAGGGACUAAAAUGUCAGUUUUUGUUGUUUCAGACAACAUGCUCGUAUAAGGGCAUGGUAAUGUCAGUCCUGAAUCUUUAUAGUACUGUGGGGACUUACAAUAUUUUUUCCAAUGUUGGAGAUAGUUUGGCAUAUUUAGGUGUACUGUACUUUUUACUGUAAGUUCAUAAUGUUUUGUGUUGAGUGCUCAGGCGCAUAUAGUCCACUUGAAUGGACACUUCUGUAGUUUUGUGAAAAAAUAACAUUUUUGGAAAAAAACUUUUUAACAUGUUCUUUUAUGUCCUGAGAAUGAUAAAAACACUUAUGAAAAAAAUCUUAAUCAGGGCUUUCAUAAUUCAUGCAUCAGAGGGUUAAAUAUUAAGGUUUGAGGUUUAUUAACAUUUUGGAUUGACCGAGAGCACUGCAGUUUUUAAAAAAAAUAAAAUUUAUCCUCAAAAAUACAACUUGCCUAAUAAUUGUGCACACAGUGUAUAUUUCUGAACAGUUGAAUAAACGAUUCAUUCAUCCACUCAGUCUGGUGUGGUCUGAUUGUGGAUCCCACUUCUGCCUCGUGCUUAUGCUAAACAAGGAC